CGGAGAAAUCUGCUUUGAUGUCUUAAACUUGUAAUUUUGGGCUGGAAGAUAAUAACGGACAAUUUACCUACAGACAGCUGUAGUCAUUGUCCCUUCAAUUCAUGUGCUGCACGCCAGGCCGGUGAUGAAUUGGGCUUCGUGAUGAAUUCUUAAUUGAUUCUGCCUGGCUCGAGCGUUUCGUGUAACUACUUAAAGAAACUCAAUAAAAGCCUGUAAUGAACUGGAGAGAAACGAAAGCGGUAGAAUCGAAACAAUUAAGAACCCGCCGGCCACUAAAACGUGUUUCAGAACAGUCAAAAAUGAAGUGAAAUAUGAAGUGAAAACUUACACAGCGCAAACAUGUGCACUUGACCUGUGACGGUCGCACGAUAGGGUGCGCGUUUGUGAGGCAUGAUGCUCAAAUUCGCCCCGUGGUGGAAACCACAUGCAACAACUGCGCGAAACACCAAAGACUGAAGGUGCAGGGUCACGUUUUUCUCCGACAGAAAGCUUUGGCUGUUAGGCUGACUGACUGAGAGAUGCUUCUUCUGCUGCUGUGUGUUGUUCUCCAGGCUCUGUCCUUGUCUCAAGGGCUCAAUGGUACAGACGAUCGAUCUUCCAAGAGUGUGAAAAAGCAUGCUGAUCGUUCAGACAAACCCAUUGAGCUCUCUACACUAAGACUGUCCGAAGGCUGCUUUGGUGUGCCUAGGGCUCUUUACAAGAACACUACAGUCGAUGUGACCUUCAACCUUUUGGAUGCUCAGAAAAAGGACGAGCUUGCUCUCCAGAUCUGUGCACGUUUGGGUUGUGGCCGUGUUUUCAAGCACAGCACGACUGCAGCAGUGCACGAUGGCAGAUGCCUUGCAGACUGCAUCCUGACAAACUCAAAACUGCACAACUGCACUACAGCUGCAAAAGGCGACUGCACGAAUGCAACCGAAGUCAUUUGCGAGCAAGGAGCUGUCCGAUUGGUCGGAGGACGCGAUCGCUGUGCUGGUCGGUUGGAGCUGAUGCAUUCUGGGAAUUGGGGAACAGUGUGUGAUGAUGACUUUGACAUCAAUAGUGGACAUGUAGUUUGUACCCAGCUGGGAUGUGGAAGUGCCAUAGGAUUGAACUUUUUUGGGCCUGGAACAGGUGCCAUUUAUAUCAGUCAAAUGCAAUGCAGUGGCUCCGAAAGCAGCUUAUGGAAGUGCGGCUCAGUCAACAUCACUGCCAGCAACUAUUGUGGACAUAAAGAAGAUGUUGGCGUUUUGUGCUCAGAAAGUGUUGAGAUCGUAACCACAAGCGCCACAACGGAGCUGAACUUGACAACUCUGCUGGCAGUGUCAACUGCAGUCACAUUUACAGAAAGCAGCAGUGGUGUUUCGCCAGCAGCGAUUGGCUGCAUCAUCUUAUCUAUUGCUCUGCUUAUGGUUAUUGUUUUAAACGCUGCUGCCUAUGUGCAUUUCAAAAGAGCAAAGGCAGAAUGUGUGAUUCACCAACAACACAGUUAUUCUCAUUCAAGCCUGGAGAACCAGUCCAAUGCACAGAUAGGAAUCUACAACACACACACUGUCCACACUGUGGAGGGGUGUCAGUACGAAAGUCUUGGCCCGAGAAUGAGCUCAAACUAUGGCCGCAGAUGUAGCAAGAGAACAAAUCGACCCAAUCACAACCGUGACAGCUCCACUGAUUCAGACUAUGAACUUCACAACAGAGAUCGACCGCAAAGGCUGCAUCUAAACUCAACAGGAGAUGUGAAUGACGUAGAUAGUACAUGCUCUAGAGAAGAACGCGUGCACAAUGUGGAAAUCAACAUGGACGCCAUCCAAAAUUCAGGUGAUAAACCUCCACUGAAGCCACUGUCUUUCGGGGCUCCUGACACCCACAAGCAACCAUUGUAUAAGAAUGAUACCAGCAGUACUUCUUCUGGAGAGUUCUAUCAAAACACAAAGACAGACACGGACAACAUUCUCCAGUCACCUCCGACGCCCUUGUCUUAUGGUGACCGUGACGUACCUGGAACUGACAAUAAAGGAGCAGAUGCGAGUGAUUCAAGCAGCACAUCUUCUGGCGAGUUCUAUCAGAACACAGAAACUCACACAGACAACAAUUUCAUGCCACGCGAGGAGAGACCAUCCCUACAAGAAAGGUCAGCUUUCGCAUCCCUGUCUUUCGGUGACCAUCGCUUGCCAAACCCUGACGGUAAAGCGGUGGAUGUGAAUGAUUCAGACAGUACGUUUUCUGGCGAGGACUAUCAAAACACAGAGAUCCAGUGUGAAGAUGAGGAAAGCCCAUCGCUUCCUGAGAAGUCACUACAGACACCUCAGAUGACAGGAAACACUGCUGGUUACAGCGGCUGUCAUGUAGCCGUCGCCCACAGUCAAGAUGGGAAUGAUUCAGAUAGUACUUCAUCAGAAGAGUGUUAUCAAAACACAGAGAUCGAAGAAAACGGCUUUCAUCACGAUGUUGAGGAAAGCCCAUCACUUCCUGACACGUCUUUUCAGAAUCCCCACAUUGCACAGAUGACAGAAAGUACUGACGGUUACGGGGACCAUCAUGUACCUAGAAACCUCCGUCAAGAAGCGGACAACAGCAGCACAGCAUCGGAGGCAUCAUACGUUAACGUCCCACCCAAAGAAGAGAGCGCUGACCAUUCUGCUGCAUCUUCAGAGAACGACUAUGAUGAAGCUGAAAACUGGUAAAAUCAACCAACAAAAUUAAGAAAAAGUAAAACCCCCCACAAAUGAUUCUUUUGAUUCGUGAUUCUAUUUAUUCUGUGGACGAUGAUGAGCAUUUAUCAGUCGAUGAGCAAACAACACGUCCCUGAAAACCAAGGAACGUGACGCAGACGGGCCUUAGCAAUACCUGAGUGCUUUCUUAAGGAAUAUUCUGGAAGAACAGAAGAAAAAAUAUCUUCAUUGUUUAUUUUAUAAUAAACAUUAAACUAUAACCAUC